AUGGCCCUCUGGCUGAACCUCAUGUCCUUGUUAGUUGUCCUAAGAGGUGUCCAAUCUCAGGUUCAGUUGGUGGAAUCUGGAGGGGAUGUAAGAAGACCUGGGGAGUCCCUCCGACUCUCCUGCCAAGCCUCUGGAUUCACCUUCAGCAGCUAUGCGAUGUCUUGGGUGAGACAGGCUCCAGGGAAAGGACUGGAAUGGGUGGCACAUAUCUAUGGUGAUUCCAGUAAAACAUUCUACUCAGACAAAGUCAAGGGACACUUCACUAUCUCCAGGGACGAUGCCAAAAGCCAGCUGUAUCUGCAAAUGAACAGGCUCAAAGCUGAAGACACAGCUGUCUAUUACUGUGCUAGACACACAGUGAGAGGAAGGGUCACUAUUGCUCCAUCAAAGCAGAUUGAUCAUGGUGGAGGGGAAGGCAAACUACACCGGAUUUGUGAUGUCCACUCCACUGUCCAACUUGUGGAAUCUGGGCCAGGAAUAGUGAGCCCUGGAGGAUCCUUCAGAUUAACGUGCAAAGUGACGGGUGAUUCCAUCAAGAAGGUGUACUGGGAUUGGAUCCGCCAGGCUCCAGGAAAAGGAUUGGAAUGGGUGGGCCAGAUAGACUGGGAUGGCGUAACUGGAGGGACAGACUAUGCCUCAUCCCUCCAAAGCCGAACAACUUUGACUGCUGAUGAAUCCCGCAAUGAGUAUUAUUUGACAAUGAGUUCCCUGACAGCUGCAGACUCAGCCACAUAUUACUGUGCACGAGGUCCACAGUGA